AUGAGUCUCAAAGAUGACAAAAAGGGCAAAGAUGAGAAUGGUCCAAGAAAGAGUGCAGAAAAAGUGAUCGCCAAUAAGAAGAGUCUCGAAGAGAAAAAAUCUACCGAACCAAGCAAGGAGAAGAGCAAAGAAGAACAAAUAAAGUCCAAAAUAAAAAAGACUGAUGCCGAUAGCCGCGGAAGCAGGAGAAUUCGCCUCUCCAGAGAAGCUAAAACGCAGUGGUAUGUGGUCGUUGGUGAUUGUGCUUUGACUAGACGUGGGCGCUGGAUUUUUGGUUGUGGCGCCUCUUGGAAUGGUGCUUAUUCCAGAAAAAUCACUCUCAGAAGAACUGGCAUCUGCGUUGAGAUCAGAGGUAACUUAGCACUUCCAAUGGUUAGCAGUAGCGUGGUCUGGGCCAAAUACUUGAGUGCAAGUUUACAGCUAUACUACUGUUGUCACCAGGCAAAGGUGGUGUAG